AUGCCAUCCCAUAUGAGGCACUGUUUUGCAUACUUCUCCCUUUAUCCUAAAGAUUCUGGCUUCACUAGCUCUCAAAUUACUAAUCUUUGGGUGGCACUUGGUUUACUCCAAUCCUCAGAUGGUAGUCAAAAGCAAGAAAAUAUUGCAAGGCAAUAUAUAGAUGAGUUACGUUCAAGAUCAUUUCUUCAGGAUUUUGAGGACUUUGGCCACUUUUACUAUUUCAAAGUACAUGAUUUGGUACAUGAUCUUGCACUGUAUGUUGCAAAAGAGGAGUUUGUAGUGGUGAACUCUCAUACUCGGAAUAUACCUGAACAUGUAAGGCAUUUAUCAAUUGUUGAAAAUAAUUCACUUGGCCGAACUUUGUUCCCCAAAUCCAGAAGUGUGAGAAGUAUACUCUUUCCUAUAGACGGAGUGGGUCUUGACAGUGAAACUCUGUUGGAUACAUGGGUAGCAAGGUACAAAUACUUACGGGUUUUAGAUUUAAGUGAUUCUUCAUUUCAGACCCUACCUAAUUCAACUGAUAAAUUGGAGCAUCUUCGAAUUCUGAAUCUUUCUAAUAACCGCAAAAUCAAAAGGCUUCCUCAUUCUAUAUGCAAACUCCAAAAUUUGCUAGUUUUGUCACUUAGAGGAUGCAUGGAGCUUGAAACAUUGCCUAAAGGAUUAGGGAAGCUGAUCAGCCUUCGACAACUGUAUAUAACCACAAAACAAUCUGUUCUGUCACAUAAUGAAAUUAGCAGCUUGAGUAAUCUUCAAACUUUGAGUUUUGAAUAUUGCUACAAUCUGGAGUUUUUGUUUGGAGUGGAACAACUCUCUUCCCUUGAAGCCUUGAUUGUUCAAUCAUGUAGGAGCCUGAAGUCCUUACCUCUCUCUAUUCUCCCUAAAUUAGAGGCUCUAUUAAUCUUGGACUGUAAGAUGCUAAAUCUGUCACUGAUGCAUGAAAACCCAAUCGAAGAAUGGCCUAAAGUUGGAAGUCCAGUCCAAAGAUUGAGUUUGAAAUUUUUGCAUCUUGAGUAUUUUCAACAGCCACAUAAAUUGCCAAGAUGGAUUGAAGGAGCUGCAUAUACUUUACAGACUUUGUUAAUUUUGAAUUUUUCUAAUCUUGAGAUGCUUCCUGAAUGGCUAACAACAAUGACUCAUCUUAAAAUGCUCCAUAUUGUUAACUGUCCUCAACUGUUUUAUCUCCCAAGUGACAUGCAUCGCCUCACUUCCCUUGAAGAUCUGACUAUAGAUGGUUGCUCUGUGUUGUGUAGAAGAUGUAAGCCACAAUCUGGUCAAUACUGGCCCAUGAUUGCUCACAUCAAACGCCUUUCCAUUGGAGAACCAGGACCAGAGUGGUAUUCCAUGUUCUCCAAUGAAGAUGAAGAAAAAAGGUAA